CCGCAGCCCCAGAGAAUGAAUGAAAUUGAAAUAGCUGCUACAUUACAUGUACAAUACCGGGCUCUGCAGUGUUGCAUUCUGUCAUACUAUAUCAAAAUGGCCACAGCGGUACAGAACCCCCUCAAAUCGCAAUCUGGAGGUGCAGUCAUCAAGAACAGUCUUGGUGAGGAGUUCUAUAAGGAGGCCAUUGAACACUGUCGCAGCUACAAUGCCCGUCUGUGCGCCGAGCGCUCCAUGCGUCUCCCCUUCCUGGACUCCCAGACCGGCGUGGCCCAGAGCAACUGCUACAUCUGGAUGGAGAAGAACCACCGCGGACCAGGUCAUGCUCCAGGUCAGUUGUACACAUAUCCUGCUCGCUGCUGGCGCAAGAAGAGACGGCUAAACAUCCUGGAGGACCCACGGCUUGUACCGAUCGAGUUUAAGAUCGACUACGAGGCUUCUCUAAAGAAGGAGGGGGGUAUCCCAGAUGGUCCUGUGUUGGAGUCACUGCUCGCCGGGGAAACCCUGGACAAGAAGGUAGAAACCAAGGAGGAAGAGCCAAUGAGCGAGUGUCAGAAACUGCUGGUCGGGGAUUUCCCUCAUGAGCUGGAGGUGGACGAGAUGGAGGAAGACGUACCAAAGCGCAAGAACCGUACCAAAGCACGGGCCUACGGUGUCGGGGGCAUGAGAAAGAGACAAGAGCCAGCUGCUAUUGAAGACAGAGACAAGCCUUACGUCUGUGACAUCUGUGGAAAGCGCUAUAAGAACCGCCCAGGGCUGAGUUACCAUUACACUCACACACACCUGGCAGAUGAAGAGGGGGAAGAAGACUCGGAGCGACACACACUACCCUUCCAGCGCAAGAACAACCAUAAGCCCAAAAAAGCACCAGACGGUUCAGUGAUCGCCAAUGGUUACUGUGACUUCUGCCUCGGAGGCUCAAAGAAAACUGGCUGUCCUGAAGACCUAAUCUCCUGUGCGGACUGUGGACGCUCAGGCCACCCGUCCUGUCUGCAGUUCACAGUGAACAUGACGGCUGCGGUGAGGACUUAUCGCUGGCAGUGCAUCGAGUGCAAGUCCUGCAGUCUGUGUGGCACCUCUGAGAAUGACGACCAGCUGUUGUUCUGUGAUGAUUGUGACAGAGGCUAUCACAUGUACUGUCUGAGCCCUCCCAUGUCUGAACCACCAGAGGGGAGCUGGAGCUGUCAUCUGUGUCUGAGACAACUGAAGGAGAAGGCCUCAGCCUACAUCACCCUCACUUAAUCUGCGGAGCUGCGCCUCAUCCUCUUGGCCCUUCAUCCUCUCCCAAACCACUUCUUCUUCACCCUUCUCUGUGCCUCAGCUGCCCCCCUCCUCUUCUGAUCUACUAGCCGCCACUUCCUCUACAAUCCGUCCCAGUGUCCUUUGACACAACUGAGCACACAACACCCACAGAGCUGCACCCAUUCUUGAACGUCUCUCCAGCGGCAAACCAACCUCCGUCUUUUUGUGUGACUCACAUUCCCUGAUGCUUGACCUGAACCCCCACCACCUUUUCCUGCUUUGUUUCAACAGAGGAAUUCAUCUGCUGGCAAUACGUUUGCUAGCAAGACACGCACUCCAGCCUGCCAAGGGCACUUCAGAGGCAUACUACUCCACAGGAACCCUCUUAAGGGCCCUCGGAAGAGCCCUAAUGAUCUUCAGCUGCAACUCAGUCAAGUAGUGAGUGAGAAUUAAUAAGAUGGAUAGGUGUUAGGCCGAAGACAGGGCUUGGAAGACCCUGGAUAACCAUGGAACAGUAGGUUUCAAUGUUAGCCAACUGUGAAAUAUACACCUAACCAAAAUUUCAUUUUCUCCCUCUGUCUUUUACCCUGUAUAGCAGAGUUGGGAUGUUGAACUCUGCUCCACUAUUUGUCUACAGGGCUUGCUGCCCUGUGCAGUUUCAAAGGGGAGUGAAUUGUACAGAAUUCAGACUGAUUCACUAUCUACGCACUCUUCAAAAACCCCCCUCACUGGCAAACAAUGAGAAUCUGGUCAGGAACUCAGACCAUCGUUGACCUCACUUCAUCUUCUCUCCUUGCAUGGGGUUUUCACAAAUGAAUGAUGCAUUUUGAUUUUGACACUGAAGGUUUUAGUGUUCGGAUGUGAUCCUCAGAUGAGAGGAGAGAUGGAUUUUUCUCUACUCAGCUAUCUCUGAUCAAACAGUGUAAUAAAAAAAAAUGUCAAUUUAGCAUUUGCAUCUCUCACAAAUCCUUUACCUGACCUUUAAUCACCCUUCCCUGCUAUGAAACAAUGACUGUGAAGCCAAUGCGAGACUGAAAUGCUCCUGGUGCUUGGUGUGUAUUAUUCUGUGUGUUAAGAAUGUAGGAUUGAUGUGUGGACAAUGCAGAACUUUGUCUGGCCCAUAUGCCGAGGCCUAAAAACGUCUUUUUUUAUGAUUCCUUUUUUAUUUUAUUUUUUUCAUUUGCAUGUUAUUUUAAUUGUUUUAAAGACUUUUAAUUGAAAUUGAAAAGAAAGCACACUUAAUUCGCAAUAAUGUGUUUGUGAUAUGAACUAUUUUGGCCAAACUGGGUGUUUUAAACUCUGUGUGUGCCUGUGUGUCUGUUUGAGUGAGUUUAUCUGAGCACUACAGUAAUUGUAGCCAGCUCCAUGCUAGGUGGUUCUGUUAGAGGAUUUGAAUAGCAUGAAGGUAAUGUGAAUGUAAGGAAAUUAAGCAUUUUCCUGUUCAAAGGUGGGACAAAGUUAUUGUUUUGCAAGUCACAAGUCACAAGUCUCAAGUCUUGGCACUGAAGUCCUGAGACGUAUUUUGACAUUUUUGGCCAUAGAAAUGAAAGUCAAAGUGUAAAAAAUACAAGUUAUGGGUUUAUGGAGAGUUAUGUGCCAGUCUAUUUCUUGGCAGAAAGUCACUGUUUCCAUCAAGAAAUGGUCUGGCACAUAACCCCUCGUAAAACCAUAAGUUGUCACUUUUACCCUUUGGUUUUUGUACAGAUUAAAUAGAUGAGAUAUAGACAAGAUACCUUUAGAGGUGCAGGCAAUGUAGAUGGAUUUUGUUACCUUUUUACAGAGCCAGGCUAGCUGUUUUCCCUGCUUCCAGUCUCAAUGCUAAGCUACACUAACAGUGUCCUGACAAUAUAGUCAAUAAGUGUAUUUCCUAAAAUGUCAAACAAUUUCUCAAUAUCAAGUUCAAAUCCUAAACAUGAAGAUCUAAAAUGUCAUGAUCUCCUUGCCAAAUAUAAUGCCAGUUAAAAUUAACUUCAUAGUAAGAUCUGCAUUUGAUUUAUCCCUACGCAUGAUACUUUUUGUCUGUUUUUCCUCUUUUUUUCUCUCACAACCCUCUAAUUUUAAUACAUGACAUUUAGGACAACACAUCUUGGCUAAAUAUCACCACAAUACACUGACUGUGUCGAGGGUCAUUGAUUUUAUGUUAGCAAAGAGGCUAAGUUCUUUGGUACUAGCUUAAAGCGAUACUCCAACCAAAAUAUGGCUUUUUGGGAUCAAACACUCAACACCCGCCUUGAACGGUGGCUUUGAAUAGACACCAAACCACUCCUGUAACUUAAUCCACUUCUCAACUGUAUAUUUAGAUCAACACAGUCAUUGUAUCAUCUAAAUAUGAAUCUGAAUAUAAGUACAUUGCUUUCUGUUUGACACUGGCUAACACACUCGAGCAACAUACAGAAGCUUUAAAAACAUAAUUUUGUAUCUUUGGGCUUGGCGAGGGUACCAAAAGGCUAAAGUAUAAGUGAAGUGAUUGGUGUUAAAGUCAAAGUCACAAGUUAAAUUAGCAUGCUAGCUUGCCAGCUCUGUUUCAAAGUGAAAUAUUGUUUUAGCACCUUUGUGUCGUGCAAAACAUGAGGUUUUGUGAGAGUGAAACCUUGUAAGAAAUUUUGUUUAAAAAAAUUCUGCUGUCUGCAGGUCUGCUCUGCACGUUGGACUCCAGUAUAAUACAUCAGCGUGAAGACCAAGCUGAAAUAAAUCUCUUUUUUCUUUUUAACCCAAAGGCCCAUUAUGUUUUCCUCAACCAGUUUGACUGAACUUCUCAAUGCAACUUUAAUGGGCACAUUACAAGAUAGCUGAAGUGCAAGUGCUGAUUUGGGAGGAUGUUUUCAACAUUUCUGAAUGAUUUGAUAGUAUAGAGAAGGCAUCCAUCCAAUGAUGUGUGAGGUUUAAGUUUGAAGACAAUAGCUGUAAAUAACGGAUUGAAUCAAGGGCAACAAAUUGCCAUUUUAUACAUUAUUUCAUAUUCUUGUGUACAUAUCAAAGUAUGAAACAGGACAAAACACGGUUGGUUUUGAUUUGAAUGAACAACUCAUUUUAAUGCUGCAUCAUGUCUCUAAAUGGAAACUCGCAAGAUCAGAUGGCUUGUGAGAACACACCUGAACUGUAAUUGUGUUUGCCAUCUGAUACAGAAAGACAUUAGGUGCAAAUACUGUGCUACCCCUCAAUUCAAUGUGACUCCACUGAUGCAUGAAUGCCACCUGAAAUGUUUCUGAUUUCAUAUUUUGAUAUUGUCAGUAUUGAUUUUUUAAACGAUGAUGAGAUAUAACCUUUAAUUUAUGUGCAUUUCAUGUUUCUUUCCUUGUUUGGUUUUGUAAUCUCUGUCUUUUCACAUUUUGCACAGCGUGGCUGCAUUUGCUACCCAAGUGUGUUUAUGCCUCUGUGUGUACAUGUAUGUGUGUGUAUCUGUAUGUGUGUGUAUAACCACUUAUGAUUACGAACCAAAAUAGUGAAUUAUUAUUAUUUUGCAGACAUUUUCUUCUCAGUGGAACCACUUGCAUGACACAGCACUUCUAGACGAUUACAGAUGACAACAGUGUACUUGAGUGUACACAUUUCACAAAAUGCACUUGGAUAAAGAAGAAUGCUGUGUCAUUCUACAGUGUGUUAAGUCAGUGUUAUGUAUGCCAACAAAACCAGUAGUAUCCAAUCAAAAAAUGUGUAUUUCCAUUAAUCAAUCAGAGCUGACAUCUAGAGUUGAAGUGUGUUUUAGUGGAAAUAGUUUGAGGAUGAAAUGGAUGUUGAUGAUGAUCAUUAAUCGAUAAUAGAAACGUUUGUUUGGUAGAUGGAUGGUGAUGAUGAUGUCGAUGGUGACUGCAAAGCCUUUAUAUUGGUAGCUUUCCUGGCACUUAAUAGGAGAAGCAUGGUGGAGUCAAACUCAUUUUGAUUGUACUAUCUGGGGAGGGUGGGGAAGCCAUGUUGGGGUUUUGGAAGGGUGGGUAUCAGUGUGAUUAUUAAAUGAAACUUGAGCCUUCCCUUUGUAAAAAUGGACAAACCAAGGUGGUGUUGAUGAUGUGGGUUCAAGGGUAAAAAAACAAAAGAAGCCGCACCAGAAACCUCCAGGACUCAAGUUGACGCCAUUAACCCAAUGUCCCCCUAUUUUAGGCUGUUGGGGUGGGUCGGCCAGAGGGUUGAGACUUUGGGCCACUCUAGGCCUCUCUUGUAAAUUGUCAUUCUGUGAUCUUGCUUGCACUUUUUUUUCAUUUCCCAAAAAUAAGAAAGUAAUUGUAAGUAUGUAUGUGUGUGUGUGUGUGUGUGUGUGUGUGUGAGUGCGGGUGCUCUUUUUAUUUUUAAUCUUUACAUUUUUUCAAUGUGAUUGUCUGUUGUAAACAACACUGGAUAAAGAUGGGUUUUUAAUUUGGAUUUUUUUACCUUGAGAGGAGAUGAAAAUCUUCUUGGCCUUUUUUUAUCCCCCCACUCCCAUCCCCCUUUCCUCUCUCUCUGUCUCUCUCUCUCUCUCUCUCUCUCUCUCUCUUUCUCUCUCUCUCUCUCUCUCUGUCUGGUACCUGGGAAUGCUUUGAAAUGUGGACUGUGACCACAUUGCUGUCAUCACUGCUGUCAGUCAUUCUCUGUAAAAUUCAUCCGACUUUCUCAAUUUACCCAGUUUUUCUCUCUUCCCUCGACUCAUUUUUUCCAUUAAAAAGAUGAGAUUGAAAAAUGA